AUGAGUAAGAAAAGGAAUGACUUCAAGCCCAUAAGAGGGAAAAACCUGCCUUUAAAUGUUGAACCUGAGUGGUCCUCUGAGCAACUUUUGGCAGCUGCCAUUAAAAAACUAAAGGACUUCAAUCAAGACAUGGAAGAUGGAGAAUAUGUCUUGCUUUAUCCUGAUGGCUCUCAGAUAAAAAAUAUCCCUGGGACUGACACACCCUUUACCAUUGGUCAAUACAAAGAGGCCAUUGGAAAAGCUUAUCAAAGGAUCACAUUUUACAUCUGCACACUUAAGGCUUUUUUGUCAAAGAGGGCUGCAUCCCAAAAGUGCAACAACAUCCCAACAGGCCAAGAGUACAACAAGACCCCAACAGGCAACCACCCCAGUGGAUCAUUUCACAUCAAUACAUAUACCAACAUCUACGCACCUGUCAUUAUUGACAGCAGUUCAUCAGAUCUUGAGGAAGUAGAAAAAUAUCAAGAGAAAGACAGUGAUGGACAAGAUGGACUGACAGCUGCAGACAUAGUGUCAAAUCUGUCACAUAAGCUUAACACAACAUCCUGUAGCAGAUUUAACAUUAAUCGGGCCAAUGUCUGGGAUGGUGCCUUAAAAGGUUUCAGGCGCUGCUCAUUUGAUCCCACCUGCAGCAUGUUGGUGAAAUUUACAGAUGAUGCUGGCCUGAUGGAAGAGGCUUUGGACAGUGGUGGGCCGACUCGAGAAUUCUUAACUCUGUUGAUGGAUGCCAUCAAAACGAGAAGAGUAUUUGAAGGCAAAGACAAUGCCAAAUACCUCUCAUAUGAUAGUAAAGCUGCAGAAGACAAUGAAUAUUUCCACAUUGGGAGAAUGAUUGCAGUAUCCAUUGUCCACGGAGGCCCAGGCCCUGCUUGUCUUUCCCCCAACUUUUUCCUUUACCUAAUUGGUAAAGUAAAGACAGUUGAUGCCCCAAUUGAGGAUAUACCUGAUGAUGAGGUCAAGAAGGCCCUCCUUGAGAUAAAAAAAUGCUACAUCACUGAGUGAACUCCAGGGAAUCUGUGAACAACACUCCAGCAUGCUUCAGACCGCAGGCUGCUAUCGAUUUUUGAGGACUCUAGAGGAUAAGAUGAAAGUAGUUGAUGAUUAUAUUCAGUGGUAUUUUAUCUACCGAAAUCAUCUUUCAAUCCAGAGGUUCAAAGAGGGACUAGCAACACUCAAUGUUUUUAAUGCCUUGGAGCAGCAUCCUUCACUCUUCUUCUCAUUCAUGUGCUACACUGAGAGCAAGCUGACGGCUGAUGCUGUAGAGAACCUCUUCCACGUUCAGCUUAGUGAACCCGGAAGCACCAGCCGUCAGGAGGAGGCCAGAGUACUGAGCUACUGGCGAGAUUAUCUGCUUUACUUGGAAG